UUGAGACUAUAAAAUGGGGGCAGUCUAGUCUUUUCCGUAAAAUAGGAAAACGUAUUAUAGAAGAAUCUACCAGGGUAAAUAAUACACGUACCUUGCAUCAGAUCGUGAAGGGUGUACUCGCGGAAAUGGUAAAUGGUAUUUCACAGAUAGAUCUUAAUGAAAUAAUUAAAACUGCUGUGUGA